GCCAGGCGAAACUGGCGUUUCUGGUCACAAGUAUCAUCGUUUGCCUCAGCGGCCUACCCGAGACCACAACUACUCGGCCGCCUUCAGUUGGCACAGAAUCGUCUAUUCGGCAGGUCAUCUGCGUAGUCUGGUGCCGCACAUCGAGGUGUCUGGUUGGCGAGCGACGUGCACUCCUCAGCCUCACAAGGCUGGGCGCUUAGGCGUUACCCUCCUCGCGUCCCAAUGCUGAGCCUGAUUGCGAGACAUCCUUCGCUCGUAUUCGGACUGUCCUGAUCACGUUCUCUAAUCCAUCUUGAAUGGCAUGUUGCUUAUGUACCUAUAAUCACGAAAUCUCACCUAUCUCGAAGCCCGCAGCUCCGAUAACAUUGACGCCACCCGACCGAAGAUGCCGCAAAGAAGCCUGAACCACGACGCCUACCGAGUGGGUUGGAUCUGUCCUUUGGAGGUAGAACAGAUCGCCGCGAUGGAGAUGUUGGACGAAGAGCACGAAGCUCUAUCACAAAAGCCCGCAGACCAUAACGUCUAUAAGCUCGGCAGCAUCAACAAUCACAAUAUCGUCGUCGCGGGCCUCCCCAAGACUGGUAACUGCUCUGCAGCCACGGUCGUUACCCAGAUGAGGAUGACAUUCCCCAACCUCAGAUAUGGCCUAUUGGUUGGUAUCGGAGGUGGUGUACCGGUACAGACGGACAGCGGGAUGAUUCGGUUAGGCCAUGUGGUGGUUAGCAAACCGACAGGCAUACACCCUGGGGCGGUUCAAUAUGACCACGGAAAGGCAAUAGCGGGUCGCUUUGAGCGGAUCGGUGCCGUCGGACCGCCGCCGGCAGUUCUCCUCAGCGCCGCACAAGCCCUGGCAGUGCAGCGAGAAAGGUUGGACCAUGAUCCCGUCUGGGAGGAUACGCAGAGAACACAAAGGAGCCGUCGAACUAUUCGACGUUUCAAGUUUCCUGGUAUCGCGAAUGAUUAUCUUCACUGUCGAGACUACAUUCAUCAGCAGCCAGGGCAAUCCUGCAACGAAGGCGGAUGUGAUCCGAAGCAGCGAAUCCAGAGACUGACUGACGACGGUGACGAGUCCUUCGUUGUUGUGCACCGAGGCACGAUAGCGUCCGGGGAGUUGCUGCUCAGGGAUGCUGCGCUGAGGGAUCUCUUAGCAGAGCAGCAUGGGCUAUUGUGCUUCGAGAUGGAGGCAGCAGGAGCGCUCGCCGAUUUCCCAUGCAUGGUCAUCCGUGGCAUCUCCGACUACUGCGAUACCCACAAAAAUGACCAGUGGCAUGGCUAUGCAGCAGCACUCAUUGGUGGUAGAAACUGCAACACGCAAUCUAAUUCAGCCGCUUUCCGACUCCCGAUCAAUUUGUCCGAGAUCUUCGAAGUAACUCGGUUCGUGGCAAGAGAAGAAGAGCUGGGCCGAAUUCAAGACAUUCUUAAGGGGGCAGUCGGACGCCGCACCGCCGUCCUACAUGGGUUGGGUGGUAUUGGCAAGACGCAGCUUGCGAUUGCAUACUUUAAGCGACAUCGUGAGGACUACUCAACAGCGAUAUGGCUGAACGCGAGGGACGAAACGGCAUUGAAGCAAAGCUUCGCUCGCAUUGCUGAGCGGAUCCUGCGCUACGACCCAUCCAUGACGUACGUCUCUGGUGCGGUGGAGAGCAGAGAUGCUGACAGAAUUGUGGAAGCGGUUAAACGGUGGCUGGAUGAGCCAUUGAAUGAUCGCUGGUUACUUAUUUACGACAAUUACGACCAUCCAAUGUUGAGUAGCACUAAUGCUACAAGGAAUGGACAGUCUGAUCUGUCUGGGGAGAAUUAUACUGAUGAAGAAGCGAAAGAUCACCGGGACCACGCCGACCCAAAGGCUUUUAAUCUUCGCCAAUACUUACCCGAGACUAAUCAUGGUGCUGUCAUUGUGACGUCGCGGUCGUCGAUAAAACUGGGACAGUCUAUUCAACUGGGUAAGUUCAGAGAUGUCAGUGAUAGUCUGGAGAUCCUGGCGUCUGCUUCUGGUCGCGAUAGCAUCAAGCAAGAUCCCGCCGCUGUCGACCUCGCACUACGGCUCGAUGGGCUUCCCCUUGCACUUGCAACAGCUGGAGCAUACUUGGAACAAGUAUCAAUGACCUGUACCGAAUAUCUCCAAUUGUACCAUGAAUCGUGGUCGCUAUUACAUAAAGAUGCCCCGCAACUGCCAUCCUACGACCAAACCUUAUACUCGACAUGGGGUAUUUCGUACAGGCACAUCGAGCGGCAAAGUCCGAUCGCAGCUAUGCUUCUCCGACAAUGGGCUUGUUUCAGCAAUGAAGACUUAUGGUAUGAGCUUUUGAAAGAUGGCGGACUGGACGGGCCAGGGUGGCUUGCCGAGAUGACGAACGAUAAGCUCGAGUUUCAUAGAGUUAUGAGAAUAUUAUGCAGCCACGGACUUGUAGAGGCCGAUCCGCCUUCAACAGCCCAGCAGGCAGAGUCACGAGGGUACAGCGUGCAUGGAUGCGUGCAUUCAUGGAUGAUACACGUGCUGAAUCGGGAAUUUGAUGAAGAUAUGGUUCAGACAGCGAUUCGUUGCGUGGCAUCGCAUAUACCGGAGCAAGAUCAGCGAGAGUUCUGGGUUACGCAGCGGCGGCUUCUCGCGCAUGCGGACAGAUGUCUCGAGACGAUGAGAGGAGUGGCACUUGAGUAUGAAGCUGAGGUGGCUUUAGGCUCACUGGGCAAUCUCUAUGCGGAGCAAGGCCGGCUUCAGGACGCGGAGGCCAUGUAUCGGCGAGCACUGGAUGGCAAGGAGAAGGCAUUAGGACCAGAUCACACAUCGACACUCGAUACAGUCAAUAACCUGGGCCUUCUCUAUAACGACCAAGGCCGGCUUCAGGACGCCGAGGCCAUGUACUGGCGGGCACUGGAUAGCAAGGAGAAGGUAUUAGGACUAGAUCACACAUCGACACUCGAUACAGUUCAUAACCUGGGCCUUCUCUAUAACAGCCAAGGCCGACUUCAGGACGCCGAGGCCAUGUACCAGCGAGCACUGGAUGGCUACGAGAAGGCAUUAGGACCAGAUCACACAUCGACACUCGAUACAGUCAAUAACCUGGGCCUUCUCUAUAACGACCAAGGCCAGCUUCAGGAUGCCGAGGCCAUGUACUGGCGAGCACUGGAUGGCUACGAGAAGGCUCUAGGGCCAGAUCACACAUCGACACUCAGUACAGUCAAUAACCUGGGCCUUCUCUAUAACGACCAAGGCCGGCUUCAGGACGCCGAGGCCAUGUAUCGGCGAGCACUGGAUGGCAAGGAGAAGGCAUUAGGACCAGAUCACACAUCGACACUCGGUACUGUCAAUAACCUGGGCAUUCUCUACAAAAGCCAAGGCCGGCUUCAGGACGCUGAGGCCAUGUACCAGCGAGCACUGGAUGGCUACGAGAAGGCUCUAGGGCCAGAUCACACAUCGACACUCAAUACAGUCAAUAACCUGGGCCUUCUCUACAAAAGCCAUGGCCGGCUUCAGGACGCCGAGGCCAUGGCCGACUUUAGUAGCGACCUAUAUCCCUGCCUUAAACGCACUGGAGAACUUUGUUAUUCUUUACGUGGAGCUUGGUCGGGUGGAUGAAGCUUCGUUGUAUUAUCGGAAGGCACAGAGUGGUUUCGAGGCCGUUUGGGGGCGAGAGAGCCAAAGAUAUGCGCGCUUAUCUAGCAGGAUGAACUCCGUAGCGUCUUACCAUUCGCAUAAUUGAAACGGAGAGGUGGGGGUAUUUAGGAUAUUUCUGGUAGGGGAGUGUGUAACAGAAUGGCGGAAAGGCAUCUUGGACGACGCGGGAUCAAUGUCAUGCUGCUAUAAUAAAGGUCAUGGUCCUCAGCGCAGAGUGGCGUCCGGGGAUAAGUAGCGUUGAGCAAUCGGAAGAGUCUAAUGCACUGUUGUAUUCAGCCGUGGGUUAAAAAGUAAAAAAGAGGGAAGAAGGAAGAGCAAAGAAUGAGAAUGGUUCGGGACGGUUGAAACUGCCCUAUUGG